GGGGGGGAGGGAGGAAGUGGCGAUAGUUUUCCUCAAAUUAAUCCUCGUAUUCCCGAGGAAAAUGUCACUGUUCGCCUGUUGCAUUCGUCGGGUAAGUCGUUACUGCUGUUCUAAAUGUGAUGACUUUAGUGUUAAUAAUCGAAGGUAAAAAUGCCAAGGCAAACUGGUGAUAAGUGACACGAAUAAGAACUCAAUUGACCAUUUCAGUGUUUUUUCUGGUUUUUUUAUGAGUUUGGAAAAUUGUUCAAUAUUUUAAUGUGGCUUUUCACUAAUGAAUAAGGCCAUAUAUUCCUGAUUAUUGAUGAGUCAACCUAAUUUCAAGCAGAAUAAUGAGUGUUGUAUUACCAUUUUUUUCCAAAGGAUGAAGAGAUGAGUUUCAAUUGAGCAGUCAGUUUUGAUGAAAUAUCGACCUUAAGAGAUCCAUCACCAUUUUAAUUAAAAAGUAUGGGAAUAGAACUGCCCGAACAAUCACAAUUUUAUUGAUUUUUUUAACAUAAAUUUGAUAUCAACAUUAGAAGUUCAGUAAAAUUCUCGAGUGAAUCUACAGGAAAAAAUAUACCAGUCUGGGAAACGUGAAUUUUUUCUCACGUCUGCGAAAAUUAAAUUGAAAUCCUCCCUAAGAUUUUAUCAACAAUUAUGAGAAAAUUUGUUCAUAACAGCAUUAGAAUUAUCUUUAAUUGUUGAAAAAAUAUGACAAAUGCUGGACAGACUGUUAUAAAUUUUCCAUUUCAUCUGCUCCAAUUUCGACUGAUCCUUUACAAGGUCACGAAAUGUUCAUCACCAAUAAGGUGAAGAUAUUUGCGUACAGUAUGAUCCAACUGUGCUGAGAGAUCUCGUGGCUCAAUGCCCACAUUUUCCGCCACUUAACGGAUUUCAUGGUGCGAAGGAAUUUUCGUAACGGAGAUCAGAAGGUGCCAAUAUCAAUGGAGCCACCAGAAAUAUCCUGGGAGAAUACUCUCGGCUCACCAAAUGGAGUUCCUUUCGACGAAGAGACCAAGGACUUGGUUGGAGAUUGUAUGGGAGUUCCUGUCCCCCCUCCCGUCAAUAUUCUGACUAUUAUCAAGAAGAGUGAUGGAUUCCCUAUCCAGUUUCCCAUCAAGUCCGUGCAAUGCACUGCAUUGAAGGCUAGAGGAAUCAGCGAAGAUAUCUUGGAGUUUAACGCCAAUUCUGCGUAUCCGAUAAUUCAUGAGGCAAUGCUUCCACUGAUGGCGGGCUGGUUAAAACACAAAUGCGAUCAUGGAAGCCACGUGGAGAGAACACUCUACAGAAACAUGACGCUGAUGAAAUUCAUCCAGAGGCUGUUGGAUAAACGAGCGCUGGAAUUCUACGGUGGUGAUGAUCGAUGGAGGUUGAUGGACAAUGUGGAUGGACAUGGUGGCUGGGAGGCUGUGGGGACAAGUCAAGAGAAGAAGCCUUUGAUAUUGGAUCAUUGUUUAUCCUACGAUGAGAUCAAACUCUCAGCGCUGAUGAUCGUCUCCUCGCACUCGGAAUUUAUAAACGACGGGGCUAGAGAUAAUCGAGGAGUCGUCAGCAAUGAUCCAGAUAGCUACCAGCCACGUGGUGUCAUUGUAGGAGUAAUCGGCUCAAGGUUUGAAAGGGCCCAGGUGAUGGAAUACGAGGACAUGGUGAUAACGCCCCACCAAAAUAAUCUCGAUAAUGGGUAUGGACCCGCUGGCGAAGGUACGAUGGAUCAAAUUCGUGGUUUACGCGUUAUUUGGUCGCGCUUCUACGGAGAGGAUUAUCAUCCGACCUACGAGGAGGUGGUGAGACGUGUCAAGUCGAGGGAUAACAAACGAUACAUGACAAUUAAUAAUCACAUGCUCUUCGAUAUUGAAAACUACAUGAAGCGAACAUUAUUGUCAGUGGAGAUUCUGUUGCUUGAGGCCAAUACGAGAGCGGAGAAGCAAAAUACAACGGCGUUUUUACAUGUGGUUGGAUUUGGAUUAGGGGUUUGGAGACUCAUAGAAGAUCAAGAAAUAUAUUUCCUGAAGACCUUCGAGAUAGCAUUAAAAAAAAUGAAUCGAAAGUUGAAGUACGUCUCAGACAUAAUGUUCGCCUACUUCAGGAAGGAUAAAUGCGGUGGUGCGGGGAACGGAGAUUAUCUAGGGGACAUAAAAAUUCACUUCGCGCUUAGGGAGCCUCAUAGCAAGCUCUUCAGGGCCACUGAUGCCAGUAAACUCUUGGUCGUCACCUACGCGUGGGACGGAAAUGCCUAUCCUGGUAAUGAAUUUUGGAGUGGAUAUUUGGAGGCCAGUGGUGAUCCUGCUGCUGCUUGCAGUACCCAGAUAGCCGAGUUGCAUAAUACGAGAAUCAAUCCCAGGGCUUGUGCUUCGAGUCUUCACAUUGCCUCACCAGAACAUGGACUCCUUCACAUAUCGGAGUAUGCGAGGCUACAUUUUGCUUAGGAAAGGAUGAGCCCGAUGGGCACAGAGCGUCGUUUCUCUCGCUCUCCUCGCAGCACCCGCAGUCGUUCCGCCGACGUAGAUCGUCUCCGUAAAUAUGCCGAGCGAAUAGAGGAGCGUCGAAAUACUGAGGGUAGCGAGA